AUGUUUCAGAGAUUGUUCAGCGAGGAUGAUGAAAUCGCUUUGCUUCAAGGUAUUCUUGAUUUCACUUCUACUAGAGGNGACUUUCAGAAGGAAAUGGAUGCUUUUGUUGAUUAUGUGAAAAAAUUGAUCAAUUUCAAUGCUAACAGAAGCCAAUUAGUAACCAAAAUUCAGAGNUUGAAGAAAAAGUUUUCAAANAUUGUCAAGAAUUCUCUUANAAAGGGAAAGAGCGAAGAGGAGAUAGUGUUUUCCAAAGAUCUUGAUCAGAAAGCUUUCGAAUUGUCGAGAAAGAUUUGGGGAAAGAANGGUGUUCUGNCUUCNAAAUCAAGGAUGAAGGUUGAAGAAAGCCCNAACGGGUUUANGUUGUUGCCUCACUCGUCCAGGAAAAAUCGAGAAACCGCAGAGGCAAAUGCAAAUGUUGUAGACGCUAGUCUCUCCUCCGGUAGAGAGUUAUCAUAUUUCUUCAAGACAGAGAAUGUGUCUGCUUAUGGUUUGGAUGAAUCCGCAUUGAUUGCCGGUUGGGAUAUGGUUGCGGAAGGAUCAAAGAAGAGAGGAAUGGAGGAAAAGUUGAAGAAGAUCAAGGCAAUGCAGGUGGAGCUAUGUAUGCAGAGGACUAGACUUGUGGCCGAAUCAGCAAAGCUGAUUUUCAAAGACAAUGCAUCCUCUUCUGGUAUGUAG